GGGUGGGGGUGGAGCCGCCGCCGCCGCCAUUUUGUCGCCGUCACCGACCCGGUGAGAGGGAGCGCGGCUGGGCGAGAUGGUGAAGCUGUUCAUCGGGAACCUGCCGCGGGAGGCGACGGAGCAGGAGAUCCGGUCCCUCUUCGAGCAGUACGGGAAGGUGCUGGAGUGCGACAUCAUCAAGAACUACGGCUUCGUGCACAUCGAGGACAAGACGGCGGCCGAGGACGCCAUCCGCAACCUGCACCACCACAAGCUGCACGGCGUCUGCAUCAACGUGGAGGCCAGCAAGAACAAGAGCAAGGCUUCCACCAAGCUCCACGUGGGCAACAUCAGCCCGGCUUGCACCAACCUGGAGCUGCGGGCCAAAUUCGAGGAGUACGGGCCCGUCAUCGAAUGCGACAUCGUGAAGGAUUACGCCUUCGUUCACAUGGAGAGGGCGGAGGACGCGGUGGAGGCCAUCCGCGGGCUGGACAACACCGAGUUUCAAGGCAAGCGGAUGCGCGUGCAGUUGUCCACCAGCCGGCUGCGGACGGCGCCCGGGAUGGGAGACAAGAGCGGCUGCUACCGCUGCGGGAAGGAAGGGCACUGGUCUAAAGAGUGCCCGGUAGAUCGCCCGGGGCAAGUGGCGGACUUUGCCGAGGCCUAUAACGAGCAGUACGGAGCCGUGCGCACCCCCUACACCGCGGGCUAUGGGGAGACGGUCUAUUACGAUGAGGCCUACGGCGGGAUGGCCGACUACUACAAGCGCUACCGCGUCCGCUCCUACGCCACGGCCUCCGCGUACGACGCCUACGCGGAGCAGACCAUGGCCCAGUACUCCCAGUACGCCCAGUACUCCCAGGUCCAGUCCUCGGCCAUGGCCGCCACCACAGCCAUGGCCAGUCGCAUCCCCACCACCUUAGACGCGUACGAUAGAGCUCUGCUGCCGACCCCCGGCGCGGCGGCCGCCGUCGCCGCUGCCGCCACCGCCGCCGCGGCGGCCGCCUCCUCCACCUAUUACACCCGGGAUAGAAGCCCCCUGCGCCGCACGGCCGCCGCGGCCACCACCGUCGGAGAGGCCUACACGUACGAGCGGGGGCAACUGUCGCCGGUCUCCUCGGUGGCCCGGGCGUCCCUCUACGACAUGCAGCGGUUCGAGCGGGAUCCCUACGGGGAGCGAGCGCGGUACUCGGCGUUUUGAGCCCCCAGGUGAGCGGCGCCGAGGCUCCGCGGCGACGGAGGACGCUGGGGGGACGCCGGGGUGACGCCGGGCUUCCCUCCCCCGGCAGGAGGUGACGCCGCAGAGCAGCGGGGGACCCUUCUUCCCGCCUUCCCCCCCCCUCCAAAACCCUGGACGCCGCCAUGUCAGGUCAGACGCACCCCGGGUCGUCGUCGUCGCCGCCGCGCUCCCUCCCCCGUCACCGGGACCGCCGCGGGGGGGGGAAAACGGGGGGUGGGGGGGGAAGGCGGACCCCCCCA